CGACAAGGCUGGUCCUUGCUUUAAUUCCCAUAAUUGAUCGCAUACUCAAACACACCAUCUUUCCCCACUCAGUAUCCCCCCGAUCAUUACAAUGGCCCCCCGCCUCACCUCCAAUCCCAGCCUAAGCGUUGCCCCCGAACCCCUCACUCGGGAUGCCUUCGCGCCCUUUGGCACCGCCGUCUACUCCCCUCUCCCACGCGACUUCUCAUCACCCCCAUCGUCCGUAUCUUCCCUGACACCACACGAUCCCGCGCCCGUGCUCGCCAACCAGAACUCGGCGCUCAAAUACAGCAGCAUCUCCCCACUGCUGAACGAGUACCCGGAUCGCUGUCCCAGCGGGAAGGCCUCCUCCGGCCGCAUGACCAUGUUCUCCUGCUUUCCGCGCUCGCUGCGCACUGUCCAGUCGUCGUCGCGAUCAUCUGCAGUCUUCGACGUCCGCAUCCUCGAGCGCCACCCCUUCACCACCCAGACAUUCACCCCCAUCGACCUAUCCUCGCAGACGCGCGCCGGCGACCACGAAGAGCCCUUCUUCCUAGUAGUCGUCGCUCCAACCCUCAAGGGCACGACUACGACUGCGAAGACGACUAACGGAGAUACCGUCACCGUCCAAGACCCGCCGGAUUUGUCGCGCUUGAGAGCCUUUGUAGCCCGCGGCGGUCAGGCGGUCACUUACGGGGUGGGGACGUGGCAUGCACCGAUGGUUGUGCUGGGGCCGAGACGCGUGGAUUUUGUGGUCGUGCAGUUUGGGAAUGGGGUUGAUGAGGAGGAUUGUCAGGAGGUGGAGUUUGGGGAGGGCGUUGUUGUGGAUUUGGGGGGGAGGGGCAGUGGGAGCGCGAGGCUUUAGUUGAUAGAAUGGAGGAUGAUAUGUAUAAAAAAUCUAGAAG